AGUCACAAUCGUGGAUUUCGAUUAAAAACUAGACCCAAACCGGCCGGGGCUACAGACGCUUCCUUCCCCGUCGUAUCGUUCACCUAGCCCAAACGACGGUUUUGGCACAGCUACAUCAAUAACCGCUGGGGAAAACCUCAAAAACAGUUCAAAUCGCAGCUACAGACAACGCGCACAAACUACACAGCCAUCGCUCAGCCAAAUCGUCGUUUUAGACUUUCCAUCUCUUCGCUUUAGUAGCACCAGAGAGUUUAUCUACGCGCCUCUAUCCAACGCCUCAAGUCUUAGUUUUUUCCUUUCCCGCCAAAGAAAAAAAACUAUAUGGACCCUUUGAAAUCCAAAGCCAUGAGGGGACCAAGAACUGCUGUGAUUGCUCACAAGAAGCUCGAUGCAGAGAAGUUGAAGGCACGCAAAGCAGGGACCAAAACUACAAAGGAGAAAGGAAGCAAGAAGAACUCAGCUCGAAAGGAUCCUGAUGCUCCAAAGCGCCCUCCCAGUGCUUUUCUCGUCUUCAUGGAGGAGUUCAGGAAAUCGUUCAAGGAGAACUUUCCUGAAAACAAAUCUGUUUCUGUUGUAGUGAAAGCUGGUGGUGCGAAAUGGAAAUCAAUGUCUGAUUCUGAAAAAGCUCCAUAUGCUGAGAAGGCCUCGAGGAAGAAAGCAGAGUAUGAGAAAGCUGUUGAAGCAUAUGAGAAGCAGAAGCUUAGUCACAGUGGUGACAAUGAGGAAUCUGAAAAAUCCACUUCUGAGAUCCACGAUGAUGCUGAGCAGGAAGCCAGCUCCUAGAGAAAUAUAAGUGGGGGCUUUGGAGCUGGUGUGUACGGACAACAGAGACCUAUAGGGAAGAAAGUGGCAAAUGCAUCAAGUUGGACAGCCUUUUAGGAGUAGAGAUUAAUCAGUGUAAUGUUUUAGCGUAUCAUUAGCAUUUUCAUAACCCUUGGUGCGGUUCCUUGCUUGUUGCUUUGACUUAAUACGCUAUCAAAUUCUGUAAAAGUUUCCCUGUUAAUGAAGGUAAAGGGAAACUGGAAGAAAUUUUAUAGGAUUGGGUUCCUCAUAAAAAUUAACAUCCGUCUGGAUAUUUUUGUUGA